UGUUGCAGGUGUAUAUUGUAUAUAUGGGUGAAAUUCCAAAGGGUGAAUUUUCUUCAUCAGAUAUUCAUACCAGUAUGCUGCAACAAGCUCUUGGCAGUGAUGGAUCAGAUUCUAUGAUUUAUAGCUAUAAAAGAAGCUUCAAUGGAUUUGCUGCAAAGUUGACCGGUGAGCAGAUGCUUAAACUUGCAGGUAUGGAAGGAGUUGUCUCAGUAUUCCCCAGUGAAAAGAAAGAGCUCCAUACAACAAGGUCAUGGGACUUCAUGGGAUUCUCCAAACAUGUUAGCAGAAAUACUGUGCUUGAAAGCAACAUCAUUAUCGGAAUGCUCGACACAGGAAUUUGGCCGGAGUCGGAAAGUUUUACAGACGAAAACUUCGGUCCUCCUCCGACGAAAUGGAAAGGGAUUUGUCAGGAAUCUUCCAAUUUCACCUGCAACAAUAAAAUCAUCGGAGCCCGGUACUAUCGGAGCGAUGGGUACUUCGGUCCAAACGACAUUGUUUCUCCAAGAGAUUCUGAAGGUCAUGGUAGUCAUACUUCAUCGACUGCAGCGGGGAACUUAGUCCAUCGCGCAAGCAUGGAUGGACUUGGCUCGGGAAUUGCUCGCGGAGGGGUUCCAUCUGCUCGAAUUGCAGUGUACAAAAUAUGUUGGUCCGAUGGUUGUUAUGAUGCUGACAUUCUUGCAGCAUUUGACGAUGCUAUUUCGGACGGAGUCGAUUUAAUUUCGAUUUCUGUCGGAGGAUUUACUGCGAAAGACUAUUUUAACGACUCAAUCGCUAUCGGAGCAUUUCACGCUAUGAAGCAUGGAAUAUUUACAUCAGCUUCUGCAGGAAAUUCAGGGCCUGAGCCUGCAACUAUGUCAAAUUUUGCACCUUGGUUUCUCUCAGUUGCUGCUAGCACCAUUGAUCGGAAAUUCUUCACCAAGGUUAAGUUAGGAAAUGGAGACACUUACGAGGGAGUAUCUAUAAACACGUUUGACCUUAAUCACAAAAUGUACCCUGUAAUUUAUGGCGGAAAUGCACCGGACGUCAGGAAAGGAUUCAACGAGUCUAUAUCGAGAUAUUGUAUCAAAAAUUCCUUGGACAAGAAAUUGGUGAAAGGGAAAAUUGUUUUGUGUGAUUAUAUAAGUAGUGGAGAGACACAAUUAGUAGCUGAAGCAAUUGGCACUAUAAUGCAAGAUGGAUAUUAUCAAGAUGUAGCCUACAAUUUUCCUUUACCAGCUUCCCAUUUGAACUUGGAUGAUGGAUUUAAAGUUUCAGAAUAUGUUAAUAGAACUAGAAAACCGAAGGCAACAAUAUUCAAAAGCGUGGCAAAAAAGGACAAACUAGCCCCAUACAUAGUUUCAUUUUCUUCAAGAGGACCAAAUCCAAUAACAAAAGACAUUCUAACGCCUGACAUUUCAGCUCCUGGAGUUGACAUUUUAGCAGCAUGGAGUGAAGGUACUAGUGUAACAGGAAUUGAAGGAGAUGAUAGAGUAAUUGGAUUUAAUAUAAUAUCUGGAACAUCAAUGGCUUGCCCACAUGCAACAGCAGCAGCAGCUUAUGUUAAGUCAUUUAACCCAACUUGGUCUCCUGCUGCCAUUAAAUCUGCUCUAAUGACAACCGCUUUUCCUAUGAACCCUAAAACCAAUCCUGAAGCAGAAUUUGCAUAUGGAGCAGGACACAUAAAUCCUAUAAAAGCAAUCAACCCCGGUUUGGUCUACGACACUACAGAAAACCAAUUCAUUCAAUUCCUAUGCGGACAAGGCUACACAACUAAACAACUACACCUUCUUACUAAUGACAAAACAAACUGUUCUAACUUUCCAAAAACAACCUCUUCUGAUCUAAACUUACCUUCUUUCACAUUAUCCGCCCUGUCGGGGCGGUCCAUCGGCCGCGUCUUUCACAGAACCGUCACAAAUGUCGGAUUAGCGGAUUCUUCUUACAACGCAAUUGUGAAUACCCGAAAAGGACUUAAGAUUAAUGUUUCACCUGAUGUUCUUUAUUUCAAGAAUGUUGGAGAACAGAAAUCUUUUGUUGUUACUGUAAUUGCAAAGAUGGGUAAUGCUUCAAUUUCUGGCUCUUUGAUUUGGGAUAAUGGUGAGCAUCAAGUUAGAGCUCCUAUUCUUGCCUAUGUUUCUUCAUGAUUAUUCUAUAUUUUGGUGUUUAGAUUUCAAGAUUAAUUCAGUUGUUAAAUUGAGGUUUAAAUGCAAAUAAGAUCAUGAAUUAUAGCG